UGUCUCAGCACACACACCUCCCCCACAUCACAGCCUCACUCACGCCCUGAGCACGAGAUGGAGUAAAGCAGGGAUCAGAGUGAUCUCAUUCUUCGGUCUUGCCUCAUUCUGACACACAGAGGAUGUGAGAGUCAUCUGAAGGAUCUUGCAGUCAUCGCUGUACAAGCUCUAAAGCUCCCCCUCUCCACUUAGAUUAUGCAGUGAUUACUAUUGUUGCAGAGUCCUCAUCGUACGGAUCUAGCACAUUUUCACCAUGAGCAUUGCAGUGUCACCGGUGGCCAGUGAGGCUGCCUCGCCUAUGAUCACCUCUGUCACUCCCACCUUGGAGUCCUUGGAGUCCCCUAAACAUUGUUCAGAUGGGCCUAAUAUAAGUGGGGAUAAGGUGCUUCAGAGCCCAGAAUACCGCCAGAGAAAUUGUAAACCUCCUCCCUUGCACACAGGAGCGGACUGGAAGGUGGUGCUUCACCUGCCAGAGAUUGAGACCUGGCUGAGAGCUACAGCAGAGAGAGUGAGGGAUCUUACGCAGUCUGUGCAGCAGGAUAGCCUCAACAGGCACGUGGAUGUUCACCUGGUGCAACUAAAGGACAUCUGUGAGGACAUAUCAGAUCAUGUGGAGCAGAUCCAUGCGUUGCUGGAGACUGAGUUCUCCCUGAAGCUGCUGUCAUAUUCUGUGAACAUUAUUGUGGACAUCCGCACUGUGCAGCUCCUUUGGCACCAGCUCCGUGUGUCUGUGUUGGUUCUGAAGGAGAGGCUUCUCCAGGGCCUGCAGGACUCCAACGGCAACUACACCCGACAGACUGACAUACUGCAGGCUUUCAGCCAAGACCACGACGAGGCUCGAUUGGACUCUCUGACAGAGGUGGAUGACUCGGGUCAGCUGAUUAUUAAGUGUAGUCAGGACUACUUCUCCCUGGAUUGUGGCAUCACCGCUUAUGAACUGAGUGACUACAGCCCCAGCGAAGACCCAGAAGGCAGAGGCCUGGGUCAAGACCCACGCUCCCUCUAUCCUGAGCUGCAGCGAGACUUCCCUGAAUUGCUUCAGAGUGUAGAUCUUCUCACUAUUGCUGCCUCCAGACAGAGCCAAGAAUUAUCCUCACCUCCAGAGGAAGAAUCAAACAAAUCCACCCAGAGUUCUAUAGGUGAACCAACAAGAUCCAACCAGGGGCCUGUGGAGAAACCAGCCAAGUCCAACCAGGGGCCUGUGGAGGAACCAGCCAAAUCCUACCAGGGGCCUGUGGAGGAACCAGCCAAAUCCAACCAGGGGCCUGUGGAGGAACCAGCCAAAUCCAACCAGGGGCCUGUGGAGGAGCCAGCUGGUUCCACCCCAGAGACCCAGAGUGAGCCCAUGGACCAGGCACCGUCCACUGACACAGCUAUGCAGGGAGAGACCGACGUUGGCCUCUCCAAGCGUCCACUCCAAGGCUCUCACAGUAAUGACAUAUCACCUACUGAGCCUUCCAUGCCCAAGAAACCCAUGUAUGUGGAAGAAUCAUCUCUGCAGUAUCAAGCUGACAUUAGCAGAAGCACACCCUCUCUUCUGGAUCUGCCUGAUCGUUCUAGAUUCUGGCUGGACCUGGAGGCAGUGUACCCCACCAGUGGAAGUCAGUCAGAAGAGAAUCUCCACGUCAUGAAUGCGAAGAACAGGCAAACAAGUCACCAAACAGCUUUCCAGAAGCGCAAAGUCCAAAUGCUUCUCCAGAGAAGCUUAUCUGUGGCUGAUCAGGAAUCUGACACUGAACACAGCAACCUUUACUCACGCUUGAAGAGCAAGCACACCAAAAACACACAAGUGAACAGUGACUCCUCCACCCCUCCACCCUCUUCAGGGGAGGAAACCUCAAAUCACGAUCCUCGUGAAAGCUCUUCCAGUCUGGACAAUCAUCUUCCCACCACAGAUUCUCUGUGGAUCAUGCCCAAACAGAGCUGUAAGAACAACAGUCCUAAAGAUGAUUGCUGGUAUGGUUCUGAGGAAUUCCUUGCUCUUCCUGCCCAACUGAAGAAGACUGAGAUGCUGGCCUCAAAGUUGGAGAGUUUGGCUCAGGCCUUACCCCCAAGAACCCUGCAACAGUCAGUUCAGGAUGUGGACAAUUGGGAGCUGACCGAGGCCAACACAGAUUGGGAGAUCAAUAACCAUCUCUUUUCACCCCGGCCCAAUAGGAAGCACUUCUCAACAGAGAGGUUUUCAUCCUCGUCCAGUGAUGUGGCUCCAUCUGUAGAUGAAAGUAUCGAGUCUGGACCCCUCAGUGACUUGGUGUCAGAAGAUGAGGGUGGGUGGUGUGCACACAAGUCUCAAAGAGCUGAGAGGAUUACUGUGCAACCCGAGGCCUCCAGGAUGGUGCUCCAGUGUACACCUCUGAUCAAGCAACUACUGGAAGACAUCCAGCACCAGGAGAACUACCAGGACAUUUGGGGAAAGUUAGAGGGCUUCGUCUCUAAGCUGGAUGAGUUUAUCCGCUGGCUGAGGGAAGCACUGGAGAGCACAGAGAACUGGACACCACCACGAGCCGAUAUCGAGAGCCUCAGACUUUACCUGGAAACACACCUUAGCUUCAAGCUGAAUGUGGACAGUCACUGCGCUCUGAAAGACAGUCUACUGGAGGAGGGGAAGCAACUGCUGGAACUCAUCACCUGCCACAAAUCAGGCCUCCGGGACAUGCUCCAGAUGAUUGCGCACCAGUGGCAGGAGCUUCAGAGGCAGAUCCGCCGGCAGCACGGUUGGAUGCUGCGCACACUGGACACCAUCAAAGCCAAGAUCCUGACCACUAAGACAGACGGGGACCCUAAAAACACAGAGGACCCCGAUCUCCAUGCCAGCUCUGAGGUGCAGCAGUGUUACAGAGAGGCCCAGAGGGAAAUUCUGGAUCAGAUGAGUGUGAAACUUGGAAGUCAGCACUACUGUUCCAGCUCCAGCAGAAACAAAAACAUCUCUUUCAUAUCCAAGUCCAACAGCCUAUCAGAGUUCGAGAGCGAGUACCAGGGGCUCUGGGAUUGGCUGAUGGACAUGGAGUCCAUCGCGACGGACAGUCAUGAGUUGAUGAUGUCAGAGGAGCAGCAGCAUCAUCUCUAUAAGGGGAACCGUGUGGAGAUGGCCAUGUGGCUCCCAAAGAAAACGCACCUCCUGGGUUGGGCUGAGAGCCUGAAAAGGAGCAGCAUCGAGCUGCCUGAUGACUUUGAGGAACGCAUGACUGCUCUCAGGGUCAAGUGGGAUCAGCUAGAGAAGAGCCUUGGAGAGCACGUGGAGGUGCGUCCGGGUGAGCUAGGUACCUGUGGGCUGCUCUCUCCAGGCACUAGCAGCAUGGUUGCUCAGCUGGAGCUCAAGAUCAAGGAACUCAAGAGCUGGCUCAGAGACACUGAGCUCUUCAUCUUUAACCUGAACCUCCGGGAGGACACGCGGCAUCACAGCCAUGCAGAUGCCUCCUGUGAUGCCCACCAAGCCCCGAUGGCAGACCUACAGCACGACCCACAACCAAACCAUGACCAAGACCCACAAGCAGAGCCGCAAGCUGUCAAGCAGCUGGAGCGCUUCAAGGCUUUAUGUAUGGAAGUGAGAGGUAGGAGGAAGGGGAUGGCUUCGGUACUGCGCCUGUGCCAGAAGCUUCUGGAAGGGCCAGAGGAGCAAAGCUCCGAGGCAGAUCGUCAAUCCCUACAGCUGCUACAGGUGAACCUCGAGAGGCGCUGGGAGGCCAUCGUCAUUCAGGUGCUCCAAUGGCAGAGUCACCUCAAGCGCACUCUGGGCCGAGACCAGGUUCCCGGGAACCUGAUCGAACCAUCACUUAUGGAUCUCCGUGGCUCGGCCGAGGACUCUUGGGAAUGGGAUGAGAUGGAUAUGACCAUAGUUAAUAUGGAGUCACAGGAAAGUGAUCAAGAAAGCCAUUCAGAAAAGCACCAGGAGGAACAUUUAGGCGAAACUUGCCCUACACAGAACAGAAUGAGCCUGAAUGAGCUUCAGUUCAAUCCUCCAAUUUCCCGUGUUUAUCAGGUGUUCAGUUUACAUAGUUUUGAACUGUACCAACAACCACAGUACAAUCAAAAGAUAUUUUCAUACACCCAAGCCAAACCCAAGGAGAAGGAGCCGCUGCUAAAGAGCCUAAGCAAGGACUCUUCUUUCUCCUCGGUGGAGUCACUACCUGACAUCAUAGCAGGGCUUGUGAGUGGGAAACAGGGAGUGCUGACAGAUUCCACCAGGAGAUCAGAAAGUGAGAGUGGAAUAGUCAGUGAAGGAGACACGGAAACAACAGCCAAUUCUGAGAAUGGUCUGCUUUAUCAGAGUGAUGAUCCAAAAGUUCAAGUUACUCUUAAUCCCCUGAUCCAUCCAGACUCACCUUGUAUAGACAGAGUCUUAGAUGAAGACAUAGAUAAGAUACUGGAACGUGCUAACAAGUGUGCUGAGCUUGGAGACAUUUUGACAAAGGAGACAAAGGACCAACAAUAUUUCAUUGGAAAGAAAAAAAGAGAGGAAUCUGAAAAGGGAAGAAGGAAGCACAAAAAUGAACCAGUGGAGAUUUUUAUUAAUGGGCGCUGUCUUAGUCCUGAAUCUGAGGAUGAGGGCCAUGAAACUGCAGCUUUCAGUGCUGCUUAUGAUGAUGAGGGGAAGGUCCGAAAGUCUGCUCACUUAUCUCAGGGAUCUUCCCUAGAUUCACUCUAUGCAGUGGGUGAAUUAUUUCCAUCAGCCAAAGAGACUCUUACACGUAGCAUGUCCCUGGAGAGCUGGCUCGCUCCAUGUAAGAGUUCAGGAGAAGCAGGCAGUCAGAGUAGCCUGGGAGACUUAGGCCUGGCCACAGAGACCACCGGGGAGCUGAGCAGGAGAACUCUGGAGCUGCUGAAGCGACUUGAAAACAUCCAGACUCCUCUUGCCCAGAAGAUCACCCGCAGCAUUUCUGAUAUUACCCUUCCAAGCAGCUCUCUGCAUCUUCUGGGACGGGGACCCCGUUCAGGGGGUGCCCCUUCCUCCAUUAAUGAGAGUUUGGCAGCUUCUCUCACAGAGCUGAGCAGCAUUGACGACUCAUCACUAGCUUCUGAGGAUUUGGCUGUGCAGAAAAAACGCUGCUUGGCUGCCAAUUCCAAUGCAUCCUUCCGGAAGCAUAGCCGCAGCCAACAGCUGACAGACGAGACAGACGCCAGUGUCAGCAUGGUGGUGAAUGUGUCAUGUAACUCAGCCUGCACUGAUGAUGAGGACGACAGCGACCUGCUUUCCAGUUCUACUCUCACUCUUACCGAGGAAGAGCUGGGCAUCAAAGAUGAUGAAGACUCCAGUAUUACCUCUGAAGAAGAGUAUAUAGAGGGCACAUUUGCACUGGGUCUGGACUACAUGAAGGGUGAGUUUCAGAGCUGGGUGAAACCUAGAGCUCAUAACAGAGAAAGAAAUGAGGCAGAUCUUGGAGAUGAGUUGCAAUGUGGAACUCUGUCUAGAGAAAUCCUAUCACCUGUGAGGGCUGUCAGUGAUCGUCAUUUUUUGAAUCAAGCUGCUCUGAAGCACUUGGAGACAAACUCCAAUGUUAAAAAUGGUGGCCUCAAGAAACAGGAGGUGGACAGCAACAGGGUGGAUGCUACCAGAAAUUACAUCAGCAGUUUUGCUGAUGACAUGGAGAACGGCAACGUGGAUAGCUCGCACAUCAAAGGCAAGGAUGAGGAUGAGCUCCUCAGAGAGGAAGGAAGUCUUUUUACUAAGAAAGGAGAAUCUUUCAAGGAUUGCUACUCCAUGGAUGAUUUAAAGGGAGAUGUAAUGAGCAUGGUAGCCACACCCUCCCCAUCCUCAUGUGGUCAGAUAAGCUUGCAGUCCCAAGAAUAUUCUUUGGAAGGUCAGCUGAAGGGAGAACUACCUUGCCAUAGCUCCCAUCAUCCACCCCCUUCUCUUUCGCCAGUAGAGGAGUGCUCCACGUCCCACCACAGCAUGCUGGGAACAGCUCACAUCAGCUCCCAGAAGCAGUCAGCUUCCUCCCUGAACAACAUCCAUGAAGAUCCCAGACAGAGCUCAUCGGACUGUUGUAGCCACCAGCCAUUUCCUUCUAAAGAGGAGAAAAGCGAGGAUGUCCAUAGCUUUGUGAUGGAGAUCAUUGACAUGACAUCAGUGGCCCUGAAAACUAAAGAUGUCCAAGCAGAGCAACCUCAGGAAUCCUCUAGUCCCACCUCAACUUCCCAGAUCAAAGAGAAAGUCCUGGAACAUUCCCAUCGGCCAAUCAAUCUACGCAAGGGUGAUUUUUACUCAUACCUAUCGCUUUCCUCUCAUGAUAGUGAUUGUGGGGAGGUCAGUACCUGCACAGAGGAAAAGAGCAGCACCCCAGUCCUCUCUAGAACUCCAGAAAUCCAUGAUGAAGAGCCUCUAUUUGCGGCCUGCACAGAAGAAGUCUAUUUAGGGCCUCCGCUCUGCUACAGCAUGUCCAUUAGCAAAAGGCCCAUGAGACGCAGCACCAAACUAAUAGAACCCUUCUGUCCCUUGAGCCAAGCACCUCCACCACCCAGUAAUGAAUACCAAAAAGCACACAGUAUUUCUCCAGGAAGUAUAGCUGGAACCCAGCCACAGUGCCAUAAUGAGGCUCCUUAUCUUAAUCCUUUACCAUGUGAAACCGUGAUAGACACUGUUGAAUGUUUUGCAGAUACUAAAAUGCUUGAAUCCAAUAUUUCCCCUGUAAUGACUAAGAUAAGAGUCUCUUGCUCCAGUACAAAUCCUUUAAAAGAGGAAAGCGGACUCUAUAUUAAUCCUAAAAUUAACUGUCCCCCGAUAAGAAAAAGUGAUAGGGAUGAAAGAGGUGAUGCUUCACAGUGGAUGAAACAGAAGAAUGUCAGAAAAGGGCGCAGCUCUCCUCAGGAAGCCAAGUCUACUCCUAAACAGUUGGCAAGGUCAGAGCGUGGUGCUGGACCGGUGGAGACAGACCGCAGGGUUUUGCACAGUGCGCGGCGUUCAGACAGCACUGUGGCAGUGAGGAGUGGAGCGAGCAGCAGACCCCAGGCCAAGAGACUCUCAGGAAAUCAUGCUAUCCCUGCCUGUAGGCACUGACUUUAGUGGUUCUGUUGCUGCAUAGAUAUUCUGCGAGCCGGGAUUGUACCUCGAUCCUGGCUCAUGGACCUUUCACCUAGCACUGCAAUACGGCUCCAGUGCUCACUCCUGACUACUACUGACCCCAAAGACCAUUCUUCUGUACUCACUGCUCAUCCUGGACUGAGCUACCUCAUCGUCUUCCACCAAACACGGCGAGAUGCACGCACACACACACACACACACACACACAGACGCACACACACACACAGACACAGACGGUAGCUCUCACUGUCACAAUCCCUGCACUUUGCUUUGCACAUCUGUGUUUGUCAUUUGCCGUUUGAGAGACAGAUCUAAGGUGCAGCACAUUGUAGAGCUCCACAUUUAAACCACAUAUACAGUGUGUGACAUUUGUCUCAGUCAGUCUGAAAAGCAGCUCCAGUUUUACUCACUUUCACCGUACGUAAGCCGCUUUAGCAGACGAAGCCCGGAUCCGCAGACUGUUAAACUAAAUGAGCGGUGAGGAGAGCUAUCUAUGCAACCCUAUCUAUGGGUGUGCUUGUGUGGCAUGGAUAUUCCGCCGGUUGAUGGGAUGCUGUUCAGAGUUUUUCGGUUUCUUUUGUUUUAAUCCCUGAGAUUUGGAGAAAAUCAAAGAAGUGUUUUAAACUUUACAUUUUUGUGCCUUGCUGAUAUUUCUUAUAACUUUUGUUAAAAACACUUUGAGGCUUUUCUUUCUUUCUUUCUUUCUUUCUUUCUUUCUUUCUUUCUUUCUUUCUUUCUUUUUUUUUCCUGUUCAGUAAUCAGUGAGAGAGUUUACUAGAGUAAGGUUGAGGCUAAUGAAUGGGCAUCUGUAUAUAUGUAUACUGUAUCUUCAAAUCUUGGUGUACAAUGACAAUAUGAAUUAUUCGUGUUAGUGUACAACUCUGUUCUGUGAUGUGGAUUAUUAUAAGCCUUAACGUGCUACACUGCAUGGUUGAGAGUAUACCGACUCUUCAGA